CUGUUUCCAUUGUGUCCUUAAGUAUGUUUAAAAUUUACCCCCUAAUUCCAUGCGGUUUUGUCUUUCACGUGUGGGGCUUAGUGUCCUUGCGCCUGCAUCGGAGGACCCUGCCCGUAGAGAAAAUGGUUCACUCUGGUCCCCAUCCUUUUUCUAGGCUUGCUAUUGUGCGCCCGUGAUCGACGAGACCACGAGGCUGAGCGCGCCCAGGAGGUUUUUUCUAUAAAUGGCUUAAAGCCCUAGUCUAGACUAUUUUCUCGGAUAAAAGGGGGAGACAAUUACCUUCUUGUUCUUUGCUGGUGAACCCUGGCUCUGUAGGGCGAACCUGGAAUUUAACCAGUCUGCCCGAAGCCGGCGGUGGAGGACAAAAACAGCCGCGACCUCCGGCAGGGCAGAAAGAAGGGCAGCCCUCGCAGGACGCUCUCCUUUGGGGCUCGUGCCUGGGUGUUUGAUCCUCCUUUGCCUGUUUGCUUGGGGACCGGACCGGAGCGGAGCAAAGGGUGUGAUGGACUGCAAUAAUGGAUGCUCCGCGGAAUGUGCCGGAGAAGGAGGAUCAAAAGAGGUGGUGGAGACUUUUAAGGCUAAAGAUCUAAUAAUCACACCAGCCACCGUUUUAAAGGAAAAACCAGACCCCAAUACUCUGGUUUUUGGAACGGUUUUUACGGAUCACAUGUUAACAGUGGAGUGGUCCUCGGAGUUUGGAUGGGAGAAACCACACAUCAAGCCUCUUCAAAACCUGUCAUUGCAUCCAGGUUCGUCGGCUUUCCACUACGCAGUGGAAUUAUUUGAAGGAUUGAAGGCAUUUCGGGGAGUAGAUAAUAAAAUUCGUCUGUUUCGGCCAAGCCUCAACAUGGAUAGAAUGUACCGGUCUGCUAUGAGGGCGACUUUGCCGGCAUUUGACAAGGAAGAGCUUUUAGAGUGUAUUCAGCAGCUUGUGAAAUUGGAUCAAGAAUGGGUCCCCUACUCAACAUCUGCAAGUCUGUAUAUUCGUCCUACAUUCAUUGGAACUGAGCCUUCUCUGGGAGUCAAGAAGCCUACUAAAGCCCUGCUCUUUGUAAUCUUGAGCCCAGUGGGACCUUAUUUUUCAAGUGGGAGCUUUAAUCCAGUGUCCCUGUGGGCCAAUCCGAAGUACGUAAGAGCCUGGAAAGGUGGAACCGGGGACUGCAAGAUGGGAGGGAAUUAUGGCUCAUCUCUCUUUGCCCAAUGUGAAGCAAUGGAUAACGCGUGUCAGCAGGUUCUGUGGCUCUAUGGAGAGGAUAAUCAGAUAACUGAAGUUGGAACAAUGAAUCUUUUUCUUUACUGGAUAAAUGAAGAUGGAGAGGAAGAACUGGCAACUCCUCCGCUAGAUGGCAUCAUUCUUCCAGGAGUGACAAGGCAGAGCAUCCUGGACCUGGCACACAAGUGGGGAGAAUUUAAGGUGUCAGAGAGGUACCUCACCAUGGGCGACCUGAGCACAGCCGUGGAGGAAAACCGCGUGAGGGAGAUGUUCGGUUCUGGUACCGCCUGUGUUGUUUGCCCAGUUUCGAAUAUACUGUACGAGGGUGAGACUAUACACAUCCCAACUAUGGAGAAUGGGCCUAAGCUUGCAAGCCGCAUCUUGGACAAAUUGACUGAUAUUCAGUAUGGAAGAGAAGAGAGUGAUUGGACAAUCACAGUAUCCUGAAUGAAAAAGAACAGGCUAUCAUUUGUGUGUUCUUGGGACGGACUGUUGCAUUUGAAUUAUGAGAAAUUUCUUUGGCUCCCUGUUUUUAGUUGUGCAUAAUGUAGUUUGUAUUAUCAGUGUUAACCAGGGCGAUUGUUUCCUCAUGCCAGAGAAGAUGAAUUGCAGUCAUCCAGUGGUAGUUUAUAAACUUGCUCCUAGAAGCUUACCUGACCUUCUCUAGAAAGAUGAGAAUGGAAGCCAUCUAAGUGUAGAAUUUUCCUCCAUAACCUGAGUGCUUCCCUUGGUACUUCAAUCAGAUAAAAAAGUGUUUAUUCUUUAGCAUAAGUUACGUUCUGCUCCUCAACCAAGUGAGUGUUUUUGUGUUUGAAAGCUGAUCUGAGUAAAUUUCAUAGGUACCAUUUCCUGCGACACAUCUUCAUCCUCAGAAAGUGUUUGUUGUGUUUUUUUUUUUUAAUCAAGACUUUGAGAAACUGGUUUUCCUCCCCGCAUAUUUCUUUCCAGGUCUCCUAAGUCCGUCUUAGGGAAAAUCUCUCCCUCCUUCCUGAUGUCCCGGUCUGCGCCAGGCUCUCCUGGUGCAUCAGUAGGGCCCACCCCUGCCCUUUCCACAUUGUGUUGUGAUCAGCAGUCAGGCUUCAUUACAAGACUGAGGGUCUUGUGCCUUAUAGAUCUUUGUAUUCCCCUGCCUGAUACAUAACAAGGAAUGAAUGAACAUGUACCUUCUAUAGAAGUGUACCUUCUUUGUUUCUAUAUUGUGAAACCUCUUUAUUAGAAUUUGUGAUUGAUUCUGACUUCGUCUGUAUUUACCUCAUUCAGCAGUUCACAUGUGCAUGAAUAUAAACAGAACUGGUGGCACUUAAAAUGAUAAUGAUUAACUUAUUUUAUUUUUAAUUAACAAUUUUCAUAUUGUCUUUAUUUGAAGACUGUCUUGGAAUUAAAGUAAUAGCUCUAGAGAGAUCGUGAUACCAUACCAACCAAAUGGAAAUGAUAUAUGUUUCGUGUUAAACACAUAAAUGUUGUGUUAAAUACAAAAUAAAUCAUAUUUAGUUUUUUGAUAGAAAGCAAA